AUGAAUCCCGCCGCUAAGCCUCCGCGAAGCCGCACCUCCGCUGUCCGCCCCCCCUCUCAAACGCCGCCGGUAACAGACACCGAAAUCAUAUCCCUCGCGCAGCAAGACAACCCCCACUCCUCCCAGCUCCCGACCGACUCAUCACGCGCCGCCCUCCUCUCUUUCCUCCACUCGCGCGCCACCUCUUCUUCCGCCGUCUCCGAUUACGUCUCCGCCCUCCUUUCCCUCAUCUCCCGCCACCCCUCCUCGGCCCUAGCCUCUCUCCUCCCCUACAUAAUUCACUCCUACCUCUCUCUCUUCGUCUCCCACAAAACACCACAUGACCGCACCUCUCAAUUGAUAAUCCAACAAUUUGCAGGGCACCUGGAUACUAUUGAAAUUAGGGAGAUACCUAAAAUUAUUGAUUCUAUAAUCUCGUAUCUCCCCAAAAUCUACGAUCUGGAUGAUGCACAUGUGUUGUCUCUCCUCCCCAAGUGCAUUGAAUUGGUCAGAAUCUCGAAUGAAGUCAAUAAGCCGGCCGAAUAUGUGGCCUCGGUUAUGUGUGAAUUACUCAGUUGCGAAUGGAGUAAGGUUUUGCUGAUCAAAAUGGUGGAAACCAUCCGGGAUUUUUCUCCCUUCAUCGAUAAAGCUUGGAAGAGGAAAUUUCUGGAAAAGACUUUCACAAAAAUGAGGGAUGAUGUUGAAAUUCAGGAUUUGCCCGGUCUGGUUUAUCAGUUGUUGGUAUUGGCAGCGAAGGGAUUCAGCAAGAGGGAGGUGAUUGAAGGGAUUGUGUUGUACUUUGGAGGUACGGAUAAGGGCGGGUCGAUUAUGAAGCAGGUGGAGGGGACAGUUUUGCUUCAUGUGAAUUUUGCGGUGAAGCAGGAUCCUUCUCUAGGACAGGAGGUUAUGGGCCUGGUGAGAUUGGACUCACGGGCUUUUAAUCAUUUCACAGUUGUUGUUUUGAUGUCUAUCGCGAGAAUUAGGAGGUUUGGUGAGAGUGCAAUUGAUGUAUUGAAAACGGCGCUGCUGAACGCGUAUAAAGAGUUUAAGUGUGCGAAAGUUUGCAGAUGGCUACCAGAUGAACUGAGGAAGGAAUAUCUGGAGAUUGCUCGAGUAGUGGAAAAGGCUAUACUGAAAGCUGUGAACGCAAGCCAUUACGGCAGAGAGCACAUUGUACCCAGUAUAGUACAGUUGGGAUUCAGCUUGCUUGGAGUAGAAGCGGGGGCUCAAAAAGAGAGUGUAAAAUCAGAUGGUUUGAUGGGCCCUGAGGAACUAGGUGCCCAGGUGCUGAAAUGUUUGUUUGAAGUGCACAACAUGUCAAGAAAUGAGAUAAUCGAGCAAUGCAAGUUCCGUGUCCUCUCUUUGAAGCCCGAGCAAUGUUUCCCUAUAAUGAGAUUGCUGGGAUAUCUGGUCCUAGUCCAUCCACACUCAAUGUUGGAUCAUUUGUCUCAUUUAAAAGAGACUUUGGAUUAUUUUGCAUUUAUGGAUGACAGGAUUUCCUAUCAUCUUGUUACUGUUCUACUUCCUCUCAUCAAGCUUAGUCGAGAUCUUAAGGAUUACUGCAUCUUGGUCUUACGAAAGGCUAUGUUUAGACGAGAAAAUUCAGUUCGUCUAGCUGCAGUUCGUGCAAUUUUUGACCUGAUUCUAGCAGAAAAACAGUCAAAAUAUGAUGGCCUUUUUUCUUUUCAAGAAUCAAGCAGCCAGGCCAGCUGCAGCCAAAAGACUGAAGUACCUCACCAAGCUAGGGAAGACCUUUUCCAAGAGCUUAGUGGUUUACUGCAAAGAUGCCUUUAUCAGCAGGAAAAUGUACGCGUGAAUUUGUACCAAGGUUUAAUGAAGCUUAUUCUCGUGGAUCCCUUAAGUGCAGGAGCCAUUUUCGAUUUUCUUUUGUCUCAUUUCCAGCAAUAUUUUAGAGAGGAUGCUGACCUUUGUUUAGGAAUCGAACAGUGCCUGAAAGUAGAAAAUGGAAAAGCCUGUGUUGAAGAGCCUCUGGACUGCCUUCUCUUUUGUGUCUCUUGGAUUCUUCUUCUUCAGCCACAGAAUAAAAACGAUCAUCCUCAGGAUUCACUCCCUUGUUUUGGCUUUUCAAUCACUCAGGAUAAUGAGGCUGGAAGAAAUUUGUCUGGAGAGUCGUUCUCCAAUGCUUUAUCACAGGUCAGGAAGUAUUUGAGAAACGGAAAUUUGGAAGGUCUUGUGGGCAAAAGUCAGGAUUCAGGCUCUAUACCUGUAGAAGAAGAAAAAAGGAGGUGUGCUGCUACACUUCUGUUGGGCAUUAUUGAGGUUGUGAUCAACAUCACUGUUGCAGAGUUGGCAAAAGCUGAUAAUGUACGGAAAUUGGAACUAGAAACAGAACUUUCUCGGUUUAUCCAUGUUCACGAGUCCCUCAAGAAAAAUACUUUUAAUGUUAGAAAUAGCAACUCUACCAAAAGAGCCACUGUGCAGCCCACCGUUAGUGAUGCACCUGAUAAACCCACACUGGCCGCCAACAAAUCUCCUGUCGAACGAACCCCUCUUUUAGCAACUGCAAGCAUCCAUCAGUGCUUGCAACUUGCGCUGGAGUUUUUGAUCUCAGAUAAUUCUAAGAAUGAUCCAAACUCUCAGAAAAACAGCCAAUCUUCUUCCUCUGGCAAGGCUCAACAGUUGGAUUCUAAAAUUCUUUCUCGAGUUUUACACAUGUGCUCCCGUCAGCUAAAAUUCUUCUCCUCCGCGGAUAAAGAUGACCCGUUGAAAAUAUUGAUGCAUGGUGAGAUCAAGCUUCUCGGGCCGCCAUUGGUGAGCAUAAUUCUGACUCUCGAGUUGGAUCUUAGUAAGAAAGAGGCAAAGGGAAGGAAAGACACUGAGGACAGAAAAGACCAUGUUUAUCUGGCCUUGCUUUGUCUGAAAAGAUUAAUCGAGAUAAGCUUGAGUUCGUCUAAGUAUGCGGGUUUAAUUGAUGUUUUGAUAUCGACAAUACCUACUGCUCCUGAUGGCGUUGGGUGCAGUGAUUGGUGUGAAUUAGGUGAAGAUAUUGAUGACCCGAGCACGAGAAGCAAAGAGUUGUUCAUCAAGAGGAUUGUAAAUCCACUGCUUGACAAGUUUUUCGAGCUUUCUUUAUUCCGUGAAGCUGAGAUUCUUAGCGACAUAGUACUUAUGAUUGGCAACAAAUUGCCAGAAGAAAGAAGGAAACUCGUUGGAUCCUGGGCAAUGCAAAUAUGCAAAUGCAGCCACAUUUCAAAUUCAAAAGUUGCAAAAUGUCUGGUCUUUAUGGCUGUUACUUUCAGCUCACCUCCAGCAGACUUUGUUAAUGCCGAAAAUUUGUCUGCUGAACUUCUUAAGGUGGUAGGAUCAGAAAAUUCUGACCCUCAGGACAAAUCCGAAAUCUUCCCUGUUAUAAAUAAGUCAACAGCUGCUGCAAUAGCUUCGACUAUACUGCAGCUAGUCGAGUCAAACGUUGCUGACAUUGACUGGAUCACGAUUAGGCUGAAAACAUGCUAUACGGUUUUUCAGAAAGGUAUUUCUUUCAAUCAAAGAGGCAAAGUGGAUAUGGAAUUAGCUUUGGAGGAGGCGCUAUAUACAAGGGCAGAAGCCGUUGUAAAGGUGCUAGCCUAUUUUGUGGACAUGAACUUAAAGGACCCUCAAGCUGAACAGUUACUGAAGAUGGCAGUGAAAUUCUACAAGAAUUUGGCGAGAAUAUCGAAGCUGCGGAUUGCUCCUAAGGGGUGCAAGCAAGUUAUACCCAGCUCGAAUUACCAGAGGCUUGUGGAGAUAACGUGCAGGCGAUUAACGACACCAAUUUAUAAUUUUGUUGCUCUGAUGCAAAAGAACCAACAAGAAAGCAACAAAACUAGAGGCAUAGUGAACAAGAUCAAGAGGGAGAAUAAAUGCAUACCGGACCUGAUUUUUCAGAUUGAGGACCACGAAAAGUACCUCAUCCAGCUCAGCAAGAUCACCAAAGUCAAUCUAUUGAGGCAUGCAAAACGCAGCACGUCCAGGGACUUCAAGAUUCAUGAGCUGAGGGAAGACACUGCCGAAGAACAAAUUCUGAACCCGGAACCGGAUCGUGAUAAUUUGAACGUCACCGAGAAUCAUAAAUCAUUAGAUGAGUCAAACAGUGAAGGCGAACGGGCUGAAAGCGGGCCGUUGCUCGAUGGCGAUAGCCCGUUGGCUGCAGAGGAUACGGAGGAUGAAGACGAGCAAGCUGCAUUUCCUCAAGUGAAGAGGGCUAAAAUGAGCCGGGUCGUGCAGGAUACCUCAGAUGAAGAGGUUUAG